AUGUUAUGGGGUGGUCAGGUCAAAGUUAUUUUUACAGAUGUUAGUAAGACCUUCGAUACUAUUCCUCAUCAGGUUAUACUGAGAAAGUUGGUUGGCGUGGGUUUUUCUCUUUGUAGUUUGAUGUGGGUCUACUCCUAUUUGUCUUGCAGAUUUUAUCGGGUUUCUUUCCGUUCUGCUCUGUCUGAUGUGUACUGUGCCGGGUUGGAUAGUCUUUGGGACUGGUGUAGAGUCAGUGGCUUAGAACUUAACAUAGGUAAGUGUCGUGUCAUGAGCUUCUCGCGUAAGAGGGAGUCUUCUAUUGUCCGCCAUGACUAUUACCUUGGUGGGGUGGUAUUGUGGAGGGUGAGUACCUUUUGUGAUCUUGGGGUUAUGCUUGAUCGAAGGCUGGAUUUUGGUGCUCAUUUGAAUAUGAUCCUUGGUACGGCUAACUCGAAGCUGGGUUUCGUAAUGAGGUGGGCUAGAGAGUUUAUUGAUCCAUAUGUUGCGAGCAUUUGUAUCUGUCCUUUAAUAGGCCAAUUCUCUAAUAUGCUUGUCAGGUUUGGGCACCUUUUCGUGUUGUGGAUGUUUCUCGAAUUGAAUCUGUUCAGAAGAUUCUUGCGUUUUGCUUUGAGGAGUUUGGGCUGGUCUGAUCCUUUUAGGUUUCCGCCGUAUGAGGCUAGGUUGAUGUUGAUUGAUUUGCAGUCCUUGGGGGCACGAAGUGUUGUUGCUGACAUAGUGCUUAUCCAUCAGCUCGUGUCAGAGGCUAUUGUGGCUUCUUCUUUGUUGAGGCAGGUUUCUAUUAGGGAUAACGUAAGAAAUCUUAAGUCUGUAGAGUUGUACAAUGUUCGCUCUCACUCUACUGAUUAUAGUAGGAAUGAGCCGGUUACUAGAAUGUUGCGUUCUGUUAAUUCUAAUUCUUUGGUAUUUGAUCCUGCUAUUAGUAAGGGUACUCUUAAAUCUAAACUUUGGUUAAUUUAG